UCGCGCCUUAUAAAAGCGAGAGAAUCACGCGUACGCUACCAGUUUCGCGACAGGGGCCAAGCUACGAUGAAUGCCCUUACCGGAUUGCUGCUGUGCCUAGCGGCCGCAAGUGCGGUGCCAGUGCACUUCCCUGCUGAGAAAACGGUGAUCUACAAUUACUAUGCCGAUGUAAAAGCCGGGAUUAUCGAGCCAGCGCAAUACGUCUCUCAGUUCACUCUCGCUGGACAACUUCACAUAAAGAAGGACGUCAGUGAUCCGACCUUGAAUCAUGCCUACUACGUUAAAUUGAACAACAUUAAGUAUGGCAUGUACAACGGUAUGGUUGAACAUCAUCAGCCGGUCGAGGUGGUUCACGAGCUUGAAGAAACCACGCAGCAAAUCCAAGAACCGUUCGUGGUCGUCUAUGACGAUCAUGGAAAGUUCCAGGGCAUCAAAAUGAUGGAGAACGAGAGCGGUUGGUCCAAGAAUAUGAAACAGAGUAUCGCCUCGAUGAUGCAACUGGAUUUGGCGCACAUCAAAAUGCAAACCCCGAUGAAGCCGCAUAGCUUCGUCACUCACGAGAACACCAUCCACGGCACCUGCCAAGUCGCCUACGACGUUCACUCGACGAACCCGAUGAAUCCGGAUGAAAGCAGCGACUUCGUGGUCACCAAAAUGCACGACCUGAUGAACUGCACCCACUUUGUUCAGCGUGUUUUCGAUCACGUCGAAUGCGAGAAAUGUCACGUCGAAUCUAUGGAUGAUAUGACCACCGCUGCCAAAAGAGUUUUCCACGUCGGAAAGGAAGACGAUGAGAUGGUCAUCAAACAUAUGACUGCUCAUUCAACCGUCAAUUACUUCCCUUUCAACGCUCAAUCGGAGGCUCACUAUCUCUUAACCAACGUUACUGUGGAUCUGCAGUCUGUGGUGGCGAUGGAAACACCUAUGACAGUGAAUUUCCAAACUGUACCCAUGAUUCGCGACCUCACCUUCAACAAACCCAUGGGAAAUUACGCUCUCAAUGCCGCCGAGGAUCUCACUCAUGGUCGGCAUACUGUCAAAUUGGACGCGCUCAUUCCUAAACUGAAGAAGAUGUUGGUCGAAGCCGUUGAUUACCUGGAGGAGAAUCACCUGGAGGCCAAAGAACCCGACUGGAAACACGGACAAACUAUCAACAGACUACAGCACACUAUGAGUUACAUGGAUCUGGGUUCACUAGAACAAGUUUACAAUGCUAUUCAAGACGCAAAAACACCGAAAGAAUUCACGAUGAAGAACAUCUUCCUACGAAUGGUUCCAACCGUGGGCACGACUGCUGCUUGUCACUUCACGCGAAACGUCAUCCGCAAGCACAAAGUGACCGACGCGACUGCAAUCUCGAUGCUGGCGAAAUUGCCGAUGCAUGUCAAAGUACCAUCCGAAAGACUGCUCUUGGAAAUGGAAGACCUAUUGAAACUGGACAAUACCGUGUCGCCCUACGUCCAGAAAGCCAGUAUUUUCUGCUUCUCGAUUUUGAUUCACAAAACAUUCAUGCAUCAGCAAAGCGAUGUCGUCAACAAUCCUCUUCUCGAGAGAUACCUUCAUCGUUUCCUCGAUCACGUCAAGAACGAUCAAUCGUACGAGAUGAAAAUGGUGUAUCUGAUGGCAAUGAAGAACGUCCAGGUGGGCAACAUCGAGAAGCUCCUGGAGCCGAUCAUUCGCGGCGAAGAAAUGAUAUCUGAGAAUCCGCAUCAUAUUCGCGUUCAGGCGAUCUGGGCCAUCAAGAAAGCAGUCGAAGAUAAAGUCGAGUAUGCUCACAACCUGCUCUGGCCUAUUUUCGUCGACGCCACUCAACCGCUGCCCAUGAGAAUCGUCGCUUACGACAUCUUGAUGAGUCAGAUGCCGAACAUGCAACGACUCAUGAACAUCUACUGGCACAUGGUUAACGAACAAAACAAUCAUCUGUACAACUAUCAUUACACUACCCUGAAAGGUCUCGCCAAUUCUGUCGAUCCUUGCCUAGCGCCAGUUCGAGAGAUGGUCAGGAAGGUUUUGCGUUAUACGAAGAUCAGACCGACGACUACCAAACUUUCGUCCAAAUAUUUCAUCGACUACACAGACCCCAUGUACGAACACGGUGAAUCCCUCAACACCGCCUGGGUUCUUGACGAAUUUACCGGUAUACCAUACAGUGGAUAUAUCGAACAUCGGGUGUCACUUGCUCGUAAACCUGUCGAGAAAGUCGGCAUCUAUUGGAAUGCCUUUGGUCUGAACGAGAUUAUGAAGGUGGUGAAGAAAGAAUUGAUGGGCACCGAUGUGGAAAACCUCACCAACAAGAACGUGCAAAACGUCUUGAUGCGCGCUGCGAAAGACAUGCCAGUGAAGAGACCCAUUCAAGUCGACAUCUGCAUCACGUUGAACGGUCACGUGAUCAUUGUCCAUCACUACGAUGAGAAUACCUUCAAGAACAUAUUCGGCGACUCUAUGAAGAUGAAGCAGACGGUGGCCGGUAAUUUCCAGGAUAUCGCAUACGACACCCUCUACGAGAUGCAAGUGCCAAUGGACAUGGGUCUGCAGGGAGUUUUCACCACUAAGAUUCCUCAUCUGUGGUCGCUUAGGUUCAACAAUAUUCAUACCGAAGUGAAGAAACCAUCCGUAAACAUGAAAGUCGAGGUUGACACUCGCGUCUGGAGACACGGCGAGUACGUCAUGUCGAUUUACAAUCCUAUCGCCGACGUUUGGCAUUCGGUGCGUCGUGCCACCGUCCAGGACGUUGUCUUGCCCGUGGAGAUGAACUUCGGUUACAAUCACGAGACCAAGAGUGUCAAAGUUACCAUGCCGAGAUUACCGAUGACCAAAUUGUCGCAGACUGGUGUACGGUACUACGCGAAGAACCUGGUGACCAUCACCGGGGACGAGCAGGACAUUCUCAAGACCUGCUGCGCUACCUGCCAACAUCACGCAGUUGUCAGCACCGGUGAGAAAAGGAACUAUCAGGUCGCCAGGGACUGCAAGGACACGGGCCUCAAGUACAGCAUGACGAUCUUCGACUGCGAGAACGACGAGGUCACUCCGUUGAGCAACAUUCAGGAAUGGCAUCGUGCGAUGUCUCCGGAACAUAAAAAUACUUGGAACUCGAACAUCGUUCAAUACAUCAUGGCUAUCCGUCAGAAACAGUUCAACGACUACAUUUCUCCUGCAGUGGGUAGUUGCGGAAUAGUCAAGAAGAUGGAACCAAGCAUCGUUUAUCCUACGUCACACGUGGAUCUGAACAUAAGAGUCAACAUAGACGAUACUGAUCACAUUCACGACAGGAUACACACUCUCAACAGCAACAAGAUCAACGUACGAGGUACCCUCGACGUCAAAGCAGCUUCCACGAGCGAAUCCGUUCGCACGUGGGACAUGAACAUGAACAUUGACAUGUCUCAAGGACACACGGUCAACAACCUCAAGAUGCAAAUGACGAGAAAAACACCAGGGGAGAAGAAUUUAAAGAUCUGCGUAGACGCCCAGAACAGUUACCCGAUUACCGAGACGGAUCCCUUGAAAGUCACUAUGACAGAAGAGACCAACGCAAAGAUGACCAUCACCGCGGGAUUCACGGACGACGACAAGUGUGUCCGCGAUGAAAUGCUGAUUGCGAUGACUGUCAAGGGUGAAAUGACGGAGGAGCAGAAGAGGCAGAUGACGCAUGACAGCGUGAACGGUUCUUGCGUCAAGGACAUGCAAAAUCCGCAAUUUCAGACUCAACAAGGCCACAUUCCCAAAACUAUGAACUGCAUCCGCGAAACCCUGCGAUACACGACCUUGAAGAAGUUCACCGUCAACAUGUCUUACAAGAAGGUACCUGUAUCUGUGCUCUCGCAAAUCGCCAUGAUCGAAGAUUCCAUCCGCGCAGUGCAUCUGUCGCACGUGAAAUAUAUCACGGAUCGUACUGAAAGCGGCAACGCAAAAAUAAUAAUGGAAUUUUCCUCCGAUAUGGACCACGUCAACGCAAGCGUCGUCACUCCGGUCAGCGGAUACGAGUACGUCCAGGUUCCUUUGCAACAAAAAGUUUUCGACGGCAUGAUUAUAGAUGAACCGAUGCAGCAGCCAGACUGGCACGUCGUGAUGCCCAAUACCCGCUUCUCCGUAGCAUCGCUGCACAAAAUGGCGCAAGGCCAAUUAAAAAUCUGCACCGUCUACCCUCAAAUGUUAAUCACUUUGGACGAGGGUGUGGUUCCAUUCGUGAUGGACUCCGACAAAUGGACUCUGCUAUCCAGCGACUACGGCAAAAUGACUUACGGCAUUUUCGCGAAAUCCGUGCAAGGUGACAAGAUAGCUGUCAAGAUGUUCGUUGCCGAUCACGAGAUGAUGAUCACGCCGGAUGAGGAUCGCAUCAUGGUCACCGUUGAUGGCAACGUGGUGGAGCAACACGAGAACGGUAUUCUGGUGCCAAAGGACGAGCCGAACUCUUACGCGAUGAAACUCACUGAGAACAAGGAGCAUCUCGUGGUCCAGUCCCAACGGGUCCCGAUGAUGAUGAUGUGGACCCCCAACAGCGUGACCGUGAUGCUGGACACGAGUCUUCAGGGUCACGUGACCGGCAUGUGCGGACAUAUGGACGGCACGCAUAAAGAGAAACUUCCCAAGAUUUACACUGCGGAUCUAUAAUUUCAUUCAUAAUGUAACAUUUGAAUAUUUCUGGCUCGUCAUUAAAAAUUAAAUUCAGUAAAUUACGAUUUUUAAUGUACCGACAUAAUUAGAGUAUCAUUUUUGUUUAAUAAGAAUAAGGUAAAGGUUAGAUGAUAGUAUAAAAGCAGAAAGAGAAACAAUAAAUCUUUAUUUUCCAUUUA